AUGUGUGGAAGAACUGCGUGCACGCUGGCUCCGGAUGAGGUGACCCGAGCGUGUUCGUACAGGAACCGGCGCGGAGAGCGGAGACAGCCUGGCUGGAGGGACGGAGACGCGGACAAGUACCGACCUUCCUACAACAAAAGUCCCCAGUCCAUUAGCCCCGUGCUGCUGUCCCACAGGCACUUUGAUAAGAAUGCUCCCGUGGAUGAGUGUGUAUUGGCUUCCAUGCGUUGGGGCCUGGUCCCUUCCUGGUUUAAAGAGAAUGACCCAAGCAAGAUGCAGUACAGCACCAACAACUGUCGCAGUGAGAACAUCCUGGAGAAAAAGACUUACAAGGAGCCCCUGCUAAAAGGACAGCGCUGCGUCAUCCUCGCUGACGGCUUCUACGAGUGGAGGAGGCAGGAGAAAGAAAAGCAGCCAUUUUUCAUCUACUUCCCUCAGACUCAGAGAUCCCCUGAAGAGAAACAAGAUCCUGCCAAUGAUGCGACUGAGCCAGAAAAAACUUCAGAUGAGUGGACAGGCUGGAAGUUGCUGACCAUGGCAGGACUAUUUGACUGCUGGACAUCUCCUUCUGGAGGAGAGACCCUCUACACCUACAGUGUAAUAACUGUGAACGCUUCCCCAAAUCUCCACAGCAUCCAUGACCGGAUGCCGGCCAUCUUGGCUGGAGAGGAGGAAGUGAGGAGAUGGCUUGAUUUCGGGGAGGUGAAAUCGUUGGAUGCUUUGAAACUGCUCCAGUCUCAAGACAUAUUGACCUAUCAUCCCGUCUCACCGCUUGUCAAUAACUCUCGCAACAACUCUCCUGAGUGCCUUCAGCCUGUGGACCUCAAUCAAAAAAAGGUACCCAAGCCGACAGCGAGUAGCAAGAUGAUGAUGAGCUGGCUGGCCAGCGGGUCUUCAAAGAGGAAGGUGUCAGAUGCUUGUAGAAGUCAGGAGAGAGGCAAGAAAGACAUGCCCGGCAAGGCUACAGGAGGGCUUCAGCAGUGGCUGCAGGAGGCCAGCAAAAAACCAAGAACCCAGUAAAAGAUAACUACUGGAUUUUGUAUUUCAGCUGUCAUCAAUGACAUUCUGGUAGUUAUGACACACAAACAUGUGUGCGUGUAUGAAUACAUAUAUACAUGAUUGUGUGCAUAUGAAUGUAUACUCGCGCACACAAUGGUUUCAAAAAUAAGGUUAAAGUUUUUAUUAUCCUUAUGAGUUGGACAUUUUGAAAUAUUACUAUGCACAUAUUAUCUAUCUAAUGACUGCAGCUACUUCUACCAUCUCACUUUUCAAAUUUAGUCUGGCAGCUAUCAGAAUUCUAAUGUAGUUCUUUCCCAUUUUAACAUGAUUCAGACAGAUCUGAAUGGUUAAAGGAAAUGUCAAGCACUUCAAGCAGCUGGCAGUAAAAGAGAUUUAUGUCGGUCUUCUCCUCAAAAUGAUUGCAAUUGUAUAGAUGUCCUUGAAUUGUCAAUUAAAAUAAAUGUAUUGGCUAAGA